AUGAUUCGUCGAGUUAUCUAUGAUGUUGAAUUUUGUGUACUUGUUAAAGAAAACUUAACUCCAUUUGAUAGUGUUCUUGUUAUUGGUUCAUGUGAACAAUUAGGUGAAUGGUUACCAAAUCGUUGUAUACCAUUAAAUCGUUCGGAUAAAAUAGAUCAAGCACGUCAAUUAUCACUUAAUCAUUGGAUGAAUGAAUCCAAUGAUGGUGCAUCAUCAAUUGUUAAUUCAACAACAGUUGAUUAUGAAUUACCUGAUGAAUUUUCAGCUAUAUUUGGUUGUUAUAAAGGUGAAUGUCGUAUUGAUAUUGGUUGGUUAACAAGUCAAAGUGAAAUUCAACUUCGUUUUCAUUCAAAUGCUUUACAAAUUUGGUCAUCAAAAUUACGUAACAAUUUAAAUUACCAACAAGAAAAUGAAGAAAUAUCAUCUGAUUCACCAGGUCAAAUAUUUACACCAACAUCAAAAGUCUUUAUUCAAGCUGCUUUAUUACGUUUAUCAGGUUGUGAAGCUAAUAUUCAAAGUGAUUAUGAUGCUUUUAUUGAAAAAGAUGAUUAUAUGAUUGUUAAAAUUCAAACAUUUGAACCAGAAAAUAUUGCAUAUCAUAUUGAUUUUUAUCUUGUUGAUGAAACAACACCAUUACGAAAACAUAUUGGUUUUGCAUAUGUUUUACCAAUACAUUCAAAUCUUGAAUUAGCAGAUAAUAAACAUCUUCAUCGUAUUGUACCAAUUAUUGGACAAUUAAAAGUUGAUGUUUUAUUAAUAACACCAUUAGAAGCUUCAUUUAAAGGUGCAUUUCAGCUUGGUUUUGAUUUUGUUGAAUUUGAUGUACAAUUAUCAAAAGAUAAAAUUCCUGUUGUUUAUCAUGAUUUUCAAGUUGCUAUUACACUUAAACGUAAAGGACAACAAGCCGAAUUAUUUAUUGUACCAGUUAAAGAUUUAACAUUACCACAAUUACAAUCAUUAAAAAUUUAUCAUACAAGUAAAACAGAUGUAUCAAAAGUUGAUGAAGAAUUAAAUGAUGAUGAACAAACAAAUACAAUUAAUAAUAAUAAUUUAACAUCAACAACAGUAAAUCAAUUAAAACAACAACAUGAUGAAAAAAAAUUUCAUUUUUUAUUUCCAACAUUAGAAGAACUUUUUGAAACACUUGAUUUUCAUCUUGGAUUUAAUGUUGAAAAUAAAAUAUGCUAUGGAAUAUCGACAUGGUGGAAGUGA